AGUUUUCAGUGGUCGCGCGACGGUGGCGGCGCACUCUAUCGGCGACCUAACGAAUUUCGUAACGUUCCGUUUCCUAGUGCUAGUGGUGUGAAACAAAUCGCUUUGUCCAGCGGAAGUACCUUGCUCGUUACGUGCACGUCUAAAUGUGACUCGACAAGGAUAAUUCGGCGUUGUCAGCAGGUGCAGAUUAAUGUAGUGGUACUGACAUAAGUGUAAUAGUUGAAGUUUAUGAAACAAUCGCCUGCGCUGAGACGCGUUAACAGUGAAAUGAGUGAAAUGCGUUGGAGACGCUGAACGAAGGCGUGGAAAUGAAAAGAGAAAAGUACAAGAAUUCUUCGGAACUUGGGUUGGGUGAGCGAUGAAGGGGUGGUUCGACGCGUUCCGCGAGGAAGGCGGGCCAACUCUUUACGCGUACCACAACAGGACAGCAGUCGCGGCUGAUGUACCGGCGCUGGCGCUGGUGCUCGCCGCGCUAACACUUUACCUUGCCUUCCUCGCCAUCUUCCCAGGAAUUAGGAAAGAGAGGUUUACGACGUUCACUAUAGUAACUCUCAGCCUUUUCGUUGGCACCGUCAUACUAGUGUGUAAGCACAGUUCGUCGUGGCACGUGGCAGGGUCACGCGUGUCGCGCGCCGCAUACCGGGCCUUCUCAGCUGAGCGACUGGACUGCUGGCUGGCGGUGCACGUGGGCCUCGGACACGUCAACGUUACGCUCACUGCUUUGUCAUGGGGUAACGCUACAGUAGGUGACCCCGGCGUUGAUUAUAAUGAGCAGUUCCGCUGGGAGGAAGCAGGAGCUAUGCAGGAGUGGUACCGAGCAGGGUUAGCACGGGGUCUACCGUAUCCUGUGCUGUCUGUGGCUGAACACUUCGCUGCACAGCACGAAGGCUUCGAGUGGGGUGCCAAAUACCGCGCUGCGGGAUACACCACCUCUACUCUAUUGUGGACGGCAUUAGCGUUCUGGUUGCUGAUGAACCUGCUGCUGGUAGUGGUGCCGCGGUACGGCGCGUACGCGAUGGCGGCGGUGGGCGGCGCACUAUGCGCGGCGGCGGGCGGUUACUGGGCAUCGCUGCCGCACGCGCCACUCGUCGUGCGGAUAGACGGAGCGAUGCUCUUCUUCUCACUCGGAUGGUGCUUCUGGCUAGUCCUUAUCGCAGGUACUAUAUGUGUAGUAGUGGGCCUGCUUAUUGCUGCGCUGGAUCUAGCGUGGCCGCACAGAUUCUCGACGGUACUAGAAGUGGACUACGACACGCCAUACGAUAGACACGUGCUCAUUGAUGACAGUCGGCAGAGGGCACGGCCGCAAACACAAAAUUCUCUCCCGUCUAGAAUACUCAGGAGGUUAUCAUCGAAAACGAAAGACACCGAAGGGCAAGUGUCAAUGUCGGUGGUGAGCGAAAACGAACGCGGGCGUGACAAUCCCGCCUUCCAGCACGAGCAGAGGAAACCAAACUCUCCGUGGAGAUAUCCCCUCUUUAGGCGACAAAUAGACAGGGUUGACUCUGCGUCAAGUAUGGGGUCAAGCAUCAAUGGCAACAGUACCGCCAUAAAGAUGUCACCCCUCGCCACAUCACCACCGGUCACGCCUGCCUCUCCACCAUACAGAUUUCGACCACAAAUACCAUCCACAGAAAGAGUGAAAGAUAUGUGGUGAUUUAAAAAAACAAAUGUGUAGUGUAUUAGCAUAUAAAGUGCUGCGUACUGAUCUCCAUGAAGGACACAUGUGACUGGUUUAACAUUAAUACUACGACAGAAACAAUAAUAACUGUUGCGGCGACUUAGAUAGGUAAUUUAAUAUUUCAAUUGUAAAUAUGUAUAUCGUUAGUUAGAAAUUUUAUAUAAAAAAAAUUAUAUAUUUUAAAAAUCCGUCCAGUGUCAUAAAAUAGAAUUCCUACUUUUUUAAUGUUUAUUUUGUUUCGCAAAUAUUCUGUUUACCUCGUUUAUAAUAAUACUUAUUUUAUAUUAUAUACUUAUAUUAUUUGCUAGCCGGAAAGUAUUGACCGUAUUAUAAUAAAUUUAAUAGUUAACAAAAGAUUGCAAGGUCAAGUGAAUACUUUGUGCCAUGUAUCUCACAAAAGACUCAGAUGUUUUAAAAUUUCUCUUUAAGCUUUUAAAAUUGAUUUACAUAUAACAUAUAGAUCAAGAGGAAAAUAUGUAUAUAAAAGAAAUAUUCUUACGUAGUUUAAAUACUUGCCUAAAUGUCAUAAAAUAAUCUGCAUAUACAAACAUUUUUUCACUAUCGCCGAGCUCUAUUAUUUAUACACUCUUAUUUUCCAAUAAAAGACAUUUGAGCUUUCAUUUUACCUUAAAAAGGCUAGCAAUAUUUUAUGAUAUUAGAGGCAUACCAUUUAAAAAAUACUCUACCUUAUACUCUUCUUGGUGUACAUCUGAACUUAAAUUCACAAUUUUACGAAAAUUAAUUCAUCUGCAAUUUAACACCUUAACCAAUUAAAAACAAUAUUUAGUAUAUGUUAUGCUCAAUAUUGUUAUAAUAAACUCAAUUGCCCUAGUGCCAAUAUCUAUAUUAAAACUAAAUUUGAUACAACUUAUGCUACCUUCUUUAUUUACAGAUAAAUAAAAUAUCUAUUGAUUAAGCAACUAUUCAGUAUCGAAUUCAGUUUUGAAUUUAACGGCCAAGUCAAAGAAUCGAUUAUGAAGAGGCACGAAACAAAAAACUUAAGAAUAAAUAAAAUAAAAACUUGUAAAAAAUGAAGGUCGAAUACUAUUAGAAUGAAGUCAAUUAGUUAUGUGUAUAGUUUUAAGUUAUUUAUUUUGUAAAACAAUAUUUUAUUUGACGUACGAUGAAUUAAAUUGUGAUAUUAAAAACUUUUUGACUAAUACUUAAUACGUAAUUAUCACAUUAUAAUGUCAUUGUAAGAUAUAACAUCACAGGUCAUAUUCAAUGUUGUGAAAAUAUAUUUACAACAGUGAAUAUGUAAUAAGCCUAUUUCGAAAAAAAAGUGAGAAUAUUGAUGGAAUUGUGUUGUCGUUUAAUUGUAUUUAUUGUGAUGAUGAGAAAAUACAGAGUUUAGAAACCAUAUUUUAUUCUUUAAUUUAUAAAACAUUACAAUAUGAUUUUUUUAUAGUUUAUAUAAAAGUAUAGUCUCCCACAAAAAGUUAAGUUUCCAAUUCGCUAAAGUUUUGAAUACAAGCAAAGUUAUUUUUAAAAAGACAUUAUUUUUAAAGAUUCGCUGAUUUUUAAAUAUAUAUGUUUAAGCGAUCAUUUAUUAUAUUUAGUCAAGAAAACUCAAACUUGGUCAUAUGUCUAAAAAAAUAGAACUCUUAUGUAAAGUUAUAAUAUCUGGAGCAAACACAUUCACCAUUCCACAGCGCGCGGCACAUAAAUUGGACCAAAAUGGACUGAUACUGCGUAACUAUGAUUACUCGCGACAAAAUGUUUUUAGUACCUACUUCACAAUCGCCAGUUUUGUUAAAGUUGCAUGCGCGCAUUUUACACUGGAUUUAAGUGCACCAAAGCUAGAAUUGUCAAAUAAACAAAAAUGCAUUAAGCUAAAAUUUAAAUCAAUUUCUCAUUAAUUGGACAAAAAUCUUAUAAUGCAGAUCUACUAAAUAAACUCGACCGACUUCUAAAUAA